AUGAUGGAAAUUGCGUCCACCAACUACUUGCCUGAACUUGGAAUGGAGGAUCACACCUUCUUUCAUCAAUAUCCGAUGGAUUCUUUUGCAUGCUCACUUGAUGACUUUGACUUCCAAUCUUUCUGCGGGUCCCCAGAGAGCAAUUCCUCUUAUCAGUAUUUCAACUCCGAAAGCACACCAAAUUGUUUCCCUGCUGAAAGUCCUAAUCAAUCCGUUAACCCAACAAGACCAAAGAAGAAGCUAAAGACAUUCAGUGACUUUAUGGCCCCAAAGGCUUCUUCCUCUUCCUCUUCAUCCUCCCAACUUAUUUCUUUUGAGCAUUUCAAUGCACCUUCUAUUGCUUCCCACCAAUUUCACAACCUGGAUUCCGAUUUGAAAAUUUGCUUAAAUAAUGAUAACCGAGCGAACCAGCUGGCCACGACCGCUAGGAACCCAACCCAAGCUCAAGAACACGUAAUAGCCGAAAGAAAAAGAAGGGAAAAGCUCAGCCAGAGUUUCAUCGCUCUAUCAGCCAUCGUUCCUGGACUCAAAAAGAUGGACAAGGCUUCUGUGUUGGAAGAUGCUAUCAAGUAUGUGAAACAACUAAAAGAGCGCGUGCAGACUCUGGAGGAGCAGUCAAAGAAAAAAGUUGGAUCGGUAAAGAGAUCUAUUCUCUUCGCCAACGAUGAAAAUUCUGAGAGCCACUGCGAGCAGCCACACCCUGACAUGGAAGUAAUAGUUUCUGGUAAAGACGCACUCAUCAGAAUUCACUGCGACAAACAGAGUUGGCGUGCCGCUACCAUUCUCAGCGAAUUAGAAAAGAAUCAUCUCAUUGUCCAGAGUUGCAGCUUUUUUCCCUUCGGGAAUAACACUAUUGCUGUAACUAUUGUUGCUCAGAUGAACAAGGAAAACUGCAUUACAGCAAAGGAUCUAAUUGGAAGCCUAAGGCAGUUUAUCUAA